UUGAGGAGGAAGUUGCUGCUGGAAAGGGAGCUGUUGUCUGUGUUGACCGGGGAUCAACCCUAGAUUUCCUGGAAGCCAGCGGUACCGGCGGGGCCUGAUGACCGGCUGUGGGUUUAGGCCUUCCCCUGUGUAGCGGCUGGUACGUACACCCAGCAGGACUCUAUGGAAGUCAUGGAUUGUCCUCUAAACCUGGCACAUCAACAAAGCAGAAAGGCUGACCGUUUUUUGGCAUCAGGCAAAUAUGAAGAAGCAAUUGCAUGUCACAAGAAAGCUGCAGCUUACCUUUCUGAGGCCAAGAAGCUGACCCCAUCUGAACAGGCUCAACUGUCAUUGGAACUUCAACAUGAUAGCCAUGUCAAGCAGCAACUAUUGAUCCAGGAAAAACUGAAGAGAGCCAGGAGAGAGGAGAGAGUUCGAAUGCAACAAAAAGCAGUAGUUGCCGAAAAGGAACUGGCUACUCAUCUCCAAACAUCUUACAAACUGUCUUCAGAAGAUAAUAGCCAAAAUGCACAUGUUUCUGCGGGGCAGAAAUCUAGUUCCAAUGCAGGGAAGUGUAUGAGGGACGUCCGCGGUGUUCUUGAUCGAGAACCAGACUCUCUUAUUUAUUUGUUGCAGAAAAGGAAGGAGCCAUUUGAGGAGUAUAAGGCAAACAGAGCUCCAAAAGAUGACAAGACAAAACUGGAGGAGCAAGCCACGAAAAUUAAAGAUUUAAACUUACUGGUGGACACUCUUCUUGCUGAAAAUGAAAAAUUAAGAAAGGAGAACAAAAAGCUGCGUGCAGAGGUAGCGAGACUGCAGAAAAAUCCUGAAAAAGAGCUUGAUAUAGAUACUGAUUUUGUAGAAAAAUCUGAGCUAUGGAGUCUACAGCAGCCAACGGGAAGUUCAUCCAAUACUCAAACCACAUGGCAGAAAUUUGUAGCGAAUGCUGGGAAGGGUACAGACAUUCCUAUACCUAAUCUUCCACCUUUAGACAUUCCUUUACCAGAGCUUCCUCCUCUGGAGCUCCCCGAAGAUCUACAAUCUCAACUUGAAGGACUUCUGGAUAGCUAGAUAACAGACAGACUUCUCUUCAACCAUCAGGGCAGAAAUAUUCUCUGGGUCAAUGCAACAUUACCAGGAACUACUGUACGAGGGACUGCAUUGCAGUAUACUGGUAGACAUGUCACUGUGAAUCAGAGUUCUGAUGUCAGAUCUUGAUCUAAAAACUGGUGAAAAGUUGGCUCUUGAGACAAUAUUUCUAUUUUAUUUGUUUUCAUACCAAAUGACUUCCUGAAAUAACUUUUUCAAGAAACCGUACCUAAACAUUACUAGUAAUAUGUAUAAUUAAUUCCAUAACAGACAUACAGAAUCUGUUUCAUAGUAGUAUAUUUUAACAUAUGCUUUGUGUCAUGCAUUCAGAAUGUAUGCAUAAUUAUGCACAUUUUUUUUUCUUCUCUCAAAAAAGGUGUCCACAUAAGCACCUUAACUCAUAAAACGGUUUGUGCCACAUUGCACUCAGUUUUAACCUCAAACAAACCAAGGGAUGUACAACGUAAUUCUGUUUUUCUUUUAAAUAUAAAAUCCAAUUACAUGUUUUAUUUCUAAAUCCGUUUACAAAAUUAUAUAAAAUGAAAAAAAAUCAGGGUGCAUUAUGAUUACAUUUUAAGUAUAUUAAUGUAUGUGUUAUGUAUGCAUUGUUUAAAAAUACUUACUGAAAAUCAGUAUCUUGUAAUAACGAUGCAUGUGUGCAAGUUAUGCUGAAUGACAGUAUUUUGAUUGGGGGAAAAAAAUAAAAAUAAAGUGUGUUUAUAUUUGU